AUGCCGAGACGCAAAAUUGAACGUACUCCUGAGGAAGAAGAGGAAUUUAAACAACGUUGUCUUGAAAAAAGGAGAGAAAAUCAACGAGGACGUCGUCAAAUUAAGAGAAUAGUUAAUAGCAGUGAGAAUGUAGAAUCUACCUCAAAUUAUCAACAAGUAAUUCCUGUCGCUGAUAAGUAUAUUUCUGCUGAAAUUCCUGACCCAAAUGAUAAUCGUGUAUUACAUGAUAUAGUUAUGAAACAUAUGAUACAUGGACCUUGUGGUGAUUGGUGUUUGGUUAAUGGAAAAUGUUCAAAACAUUAUCCAAAACCAUUUAUGGAAGAAACUAGAAUGGAUGAAGAUUCAUAUACUUAUUAUCGUAGACGGGAUGUUGGUAAAACUUUUGAAAGUCCUGGUGGAUAUAUAGUUGAUAAUAGUCAUGUUGUACCAUAUUGUCCUAUAUUAUCGCUUAUAUUUAAUAGUCAUAUAAAUGUUGAAGUAGUUUCAAGUAUCAAAUCAGUUAAAUAUCUUUAUAAAGGUCAUGAUGCUGCUACUGUAACAGUUGAACCAGUAACAGAAGAUGUAGUUUUAGAACAUGAUGAGAUACGUGAUUAUAUUGAAGCUCGUUAUGUAGGACCUGUGGAAGCUAGCUGGCGUAUACUUGAAAAGAAAUUACAAGAUAAAAGUCACACUGUAAUAUGUUUGUCCGUGCAUUUACCUAAUGAACAUAAUAUAACAAUUGAAAAUGAAUCUACUGAAGAGGUACGAAUGUAUUCAGUUAGUCCAACUCAAUUAGAAUUAUUUCACUUACGGUUAUUGUUGCUUACUGUUAAAGGAGCAACCAGUUUUGAAGAUCUAAGGACUGUUAAUGGAGAAAUUUAUCCAACUUUUACAGCUACAUGUUUAGCUUUAGGUUUGAUUGAAGAUGAUGAAGAAUGGAUGCGAGCUAUGGAUGAAGUUGUUAUGGAUGAUGCCACGAUAACUUCGUAG